AUGGCUACCCAUCUACCUGCGACCUCCGCAGGGUCCCCGCAGAGCGUGGAAUCCAUCACUCGAAAGGCUCAGGACUAUGAGUACGACCCGUCUAUUCCUUUGCGCUACUGGCUACGGACAGCGUCUACGCUCAUGAGAGAGGCUCGCAUUUACGAACGCGAAAAGCACGAAGAACAAGCCUAUCUCCUAUUGUUUCGCCAUGCUCAGUUGGUGCUUGUCAACCUGGCCAGGCACCCUGAUGCUAAGGACGAGAAGAAUCGAAAAGCUCUGGUGGAGGCCGAAAAUGAGGUCAAACGAAACCUGGAGGUCAUGGAAGUCCUGAAACCCCGAAUCAACAAACGCUAUGAGCGCUAUACUCAGCUGAUGCGUGAACGACAAGCCCACGCGCCAGCUCCGGCCGUCACCCCAUCCACCCAGCGCCAACCGCAAGAUCCCGCCCUCGCAGGAGUCGUGAAACCUCUGGAAGCAGGUGAAAACAGGGACCUGGCUGUGCAACUGGCUCGGACGGAGAUCAGUCGCAGAGCGACCGUCCGAAAAGCGAUCCGCCAAGCGGGCAUCUCCCCCGAGGAGGAGCAGGCGCGACGCACGGCUGGCGUGUGGGGUGACUGGGAACAUACCCUGCGCAAAGAGAGAUCAGGGGAGGAUGAUCUGAGCCGACGGAUACAGAACGUGAGAAUCCAGAUGGACGAUCCGCGGGCGGAUCAUCGUCCACAGGCCAAGCCGUCCACCGCGACCUCUUCCAGCACGGCAUACAGGUAUCCUACUGUCCCUCGCCAGAAGCCGCUGGGGCCAGUUCCAUCUGUCACAAGGGUAGAUCCUGGGGAUAGGGUUGUUCCGCCCUCCAAAGCACCGGCGCUUCCUCCGAAGGAGAGCUCUCCCGCUCUUGACCUUGCUAGCCUCGAUGGGCCGUCACCACCCCCUCGUCCGGACAAGAUCUCGCCUGCUGCCCCCACCGAGGCUCCUGCGUUGCCUGCGAAAGUGCAACCGGCGUUAGACGGAGAUGCACGUCCUUUGGACCCAUCCAGUUUCACCUUCAAGCCAUCGGCCUAUCUCGAAAAUGGAACCCCUCUGCGGACUCUGUUCCUCCCGCCGGAUCUCCGAAAACACUUCAUGUCGCUCGUCGCUCCCAAUACGCAGCGAAAUCUGGAGACGUGUGGGAUCCUUUGCGGCACGUUGAUCUCCAACGCGUUGUUCGUGUCGAGGCUGCUUAUCCCCGAACAGACCGCCACCUCGGAUACGUGUGAGACGGUGAACGAGACGGCGAUCUUUGACUACUGUGACUCGGAAGACCUGAUGGUGCUCGGCUGGAUCCACACCCACCCCACGCAGACCUGCUUUAUGAGCUCGCGCGACCUCCAUACGCACUGCGGAUAUCAGGUGAUGCUGCCGGAGAGCAUCGCGAUCGUGUGCGCCCCGAGCAAGAGCCCGGACUGGGGGGUCUUCCGACUCACGGAUCCCCCGGGUCUGAAGACAGUGCUCAAUUGCACGCAGACCGGGCUAUUCCACCCCCACGGCGAGGCCAACAUCUACACCGACGCACUACGACCCGGCCAUGUCUUUGAGGCCAAGGGGCUAGAAUUUGAGACGGUGGACCUGCGUCCGAAGGGGACUCAAUCCUAA